CAUAACAUGAAACUCACAUCGUAUUUGUGUUUGUGUUUAACAUUUUGUUUGUGGAUUAUUGGUAACGAGGGCCAGGAAGUGAAGAUGGAUCUGGAUUAUGAAAACGUGACUCCAAAGUGGAAGGAUUUUAAACAGGAUCUUGCUUCUCGUAACAAGGUCAAGUACAAGCAAGUCUUGGACGCCUUUCGAGACAAGCUUCGGGAAUUCGUGAAGCAACAUAUAACAGAAAAUGAGAUCGUGAAGAAAAAUGGUAUAAGCAAACAUGUACAUCCGCAGUGGCUCUCUUUCUUGGCCGAUUUAGGGAACAAAGAAGCGCAAGAAAUAGGAACAAACCAGACAGAGACCUUGCUAGAAAGCGGACAGUUCGGACCCAGCCGCGAGCUACGGCAGUCAGCAUCUAUGUCCCCAGCCCCGCAACAAGGGUCUUCCGAUGCCCCAAAGGCUGCCCAGAGCGACACGAAGGAGGAACUUGGAGGAGGAAGGAAAGAGGGGAGGCUGCAGCGGCCGGCCAGGGAGGCUCCGGGGGUGAUGUACCUUCCCGUCCAGAGCGGAAGUUCCUCCUGCCCUUCUUACGCUGACACCGUGGCCUCCUCCCUCACGCAGAUGGCCUUCGCCUCCAUGGCGGUGACCGUUUUCAACGCGGUGGCCAACAUCGCCAACAACAUCAACAGCAACAACAGGAACGACAACAUCAACAGCAACAGCAACGUGGACAGCAACAACGCCAACGUCGCCAGCAACAACAACAACGGGAACCAAGUGAACGUGGUGCUGCCGCCCCCCAUCCCCGGAAGGAAGAGGCAGGUCGACCUCAAGCGCAAGCGCAGGCACAUCCUCCAGCUGAAGAGAAUCUCAGGGAAGCUCAGGGAAAUGCAAGGCAGCAGAUACGCCCUUGUUGAAAAGCUGCAGAAGGGCUCGGCCACGGGGCAGGAGAAGGUCGCCGGGGUAAAGUGCAUGUCGAGAAAGGCCCAUGCACAAGCUGCCUUGGCCACCCUCUCGGUUGUCAAGAGCCUUCUGCUGUCCCCGGGCAUCACAAGCAGGGGCAGCGGCCUCGAAACCACUCACCAGGAAGCCCAAGAUAUGCCACUGUGGGGCGAAAACAUCGCGCAGUCUCAUGCAUCUGCAAGCCAGCUUCCUCCCUUCGCCGAGACCGAGAUCAGGCGCCAUCGCUUCUUGCAGAUGAAUGAUCCUUAUAAUAUGACUAUUUGCUCUCUGCAACACCUUUGCAACUUCAUAGGGCCCUCUGCCCUCCAAAGGGACCUUGUCAGUCACGUGACCAAAAUGGGCAGGUUGCGCGAUGACAUUAUGCCUGAGGGCGUGUCCACGGGUUCUGCCACGCCCCUCCCGGUGACUUGCUCCUCCCUCAAGCCUUUGUGUCCCGCCCUCCCUUGAGCUACUCUGCCUUGCUGUCUUUCAACUCAA